AACCAGCUCAUCACCUAAAUUCCUCGGACCACCAGCUUUCCAGCUUUUCAGCUACGCAACUCCUCUGUUUCUCUCGACACCUGGUGAUAACGUACUUUCAUUAAGGCUACAUAUGUAGCGCACGCGCCCACGUUAAUUUAAUUAGGCUGUUCAAAGUUUGAGUUUCGAUGCAGAACUCCACCAGUGGACGCGGGUGCGAAUGGUUCCGAUGUGGAGUCGGAUUUCGUAUCACAGUAUCAAAACACACUGCACUGAUGGAAGUUGAGAGAGGGGUCAAGCAAGGCGUGAAAAGUUUAGGUUCAAUUAAACUAUAGAACCAGUAGUGUGAGUGGACGAGAACUCCCUGGCGGACAUGAUCCAAUCGGUAUCGAAUGGUUCUUGGAGGAGCACGCACGCCAACGGUAUUUGAGCAAUUGAACGACAGCUUUACAAUAUGGAUUUCUUUAAAAGUAAGGGCCUUUUUCCGGUGUGUAGCUGGUGUAGUCUAGUUUUUGCUACCUACCGCUAUCUCUCUGUACGAUUUAUGUGUCUGCACAUUCUUAACCACUCUGAACAAGCAUGUGUGUUAGCGUUUAUGUGCGUUGUUAUAACAAACACCUGCCACCGUGCGUGUCACCCUUGUAUUUCAGGUGUGUUGCCACCGUUGCCGAAAUUGCCCAAGUUGAAAAAACUACGCCAAUGGAAUGGUGGCUCACUGUUGAGUCUCAACCAGUUCCCAAAUCUGCCCGCAGCAUUCAAUCUUGGUAGUGGUGGUGGAGGUGUUCCAUCCGCAUCCACCAGUACUGCAGCAGCAAACAGUGCUAGUUCGGUACCACGUGGUGAUUUCGCACGCCAGCAACAUCAUCCUGCUCCACCGCGCAAACAGCAGCACAUACGCCAUUCGUCCGACAUUUCGAUCAUCUCGGCGGCGGUAAGCAGUAGAACACCGGCCGAUUACAGCCACCGGGACAAUCUCGGUCUGUACGCGCUCAAGUGUGAUCGUAGUGCGGCUAAGCGAGGCAUUCUGUUGAAUCUGCCACGGAAGAUAACGCAGGCGGUCGGUGGCUCGGAACCGUCCGGUGUUCCGCCACCGGCAACAAUGGUGCAUGAAAAAUUUUCCCCCUGCAAGCGACGUCCGGUCAUCGUCGCUAGUGAGCUGCCGGUGAUUAAACCACCCCCGAGAAGAAGAAAACGUCCGCCAGCAAACGAACAGCGGAUGAAUCAACCGAGACCAGGCCAACAGCAACCGGAGGACAUGGAUUUGAGCCGAUGGCAGAAGAACAGCAGCGAGUUGUUUCGUAUCGUGGAACGUGAGUCGGCUAGUGCGGCACGUGCUAGAUCAGCUGGAGGUGUUGGUUUGAUGCUGACGAAGAAACCGCAUCGGGCUGUGCCACCGAAGAGAAAUCCACUUUUUGACGGACCAACAACAUCCAGCAGCGACGGUGCUGUGGUAGAGCUGGUGGAACAAGUGAAGGCCCAAUCGGUCGACAAUCUGCUGGCGAUGCGAUAUCAUCGCCGCCGCCGGGGAGCAUUUGCCGAGCCGGAAAGAGCGCGGGAAGAGAGUGACAGUGAAUCGGAUCGACAGGCACAAUCGUUGCGCAUCCAUCAACACCAUCACCACAUUCAUCACCGGCGUACAUCGUCGGCUGUAAAUGGAAAAGUCACUCCAUCCGUUGCUACUGAUCAACCUAUGACCCAUCAACUGGUCAAUGCACCGCAGCGUAACAUACAACUAACGUCGGGUGCAAUCUCACUACCGACAACGGCACCGGUCGGCACACCGUCACAUCCCUUCCCACUGGAUCGUGCGUGCGACUUUUCCAUCGACAACAAUUCUGACGAGAUUGAGGUACGGUUCCGGAAGGGUUACAGUACGGACGAGAGUAGCGAAACGGUCACCAACGUGGCAGUGAAGCUGGAUGACACAGAGCGUAGGUCUACCAAUCCGGAUAACUUGCCUCUACCGCCACGUGUAGUGCAAUUACGGCGCACCGACACGGGAUCAGCGAAUCGGGCAAAAGUGGCCGGAUCACCUAGCCGUAUGGUGCCAAAAACCGAACCGGAUGCAACCGGUGUACAAACCGAUGCAUCCACAGUUCGACAGUUCGUACCGCUUGCCGAGGUACUGCGGAAAUCGAUCGACAGUGCGGAACUAAAGCGUAAAUGGAUUAAUGACUUUCUAUCGCAAGGCAGUGAAACGAAUGGUCCAGAGGAGGGACCAAUGCCAAAAUUCGGUGGCAGCAAUGCGGUUGAACCGUUCGUACCACAGCUGGACAUUGUGCAGCGUAUGGACCGUCAGCUGGAAGAGCUGGAAGGAGUGGAUUGCCCAUCGGCGAACACCCGGCGACAGGGUUCGAACGGUAGUGUCGAUAUAUUCCGCAAGACGAACUGUGAUUUCGACGAAUUUGAUGAACUGUUUACAUCGGCCGAACGCACGGAACAGUCCGGUGGACGAAAAACAGUGAAGCUAAGCGAACAGAUCACGUACAUCGAUCGCAGCAGCACCACCAGCAAUCUAUGCUUCUCCUCCUCUUCCUUCUCGUGUGCGAGUAUGGAGGAUGGAAAGCCAUCGUUACCAUCAUCAGCACCACCAUCAUUACCACCUCCUCCUCCUCCUCCUCCUCCUCCACCUCCGCCGCCGCUUCCACCACCACCUCAUCUACCGACUCCAGCAAAUGGAGGAAAGGUAUGUAUGGACGAUGGUAGACGCGGCAAACGGCAACCUUCUGGUGAGAGAAAAUCAAUCGCACACAGCGAACCACCCGGACGUUGUUUAACCGGAUAUAAAAGUACGGUCAAAAUUCAGGAUUACAGCAGUAAGCAUCUGCAACGUGUACGGUACCUUUCAUCGCCAUCACCGUCACGCAGCUCGGUAGUAGAACUGCACACCCAGGAUAACCAUCGGCUGACCGAUUCUGGCAGCGAAACCGAUCCGAACACCGAUAAUGGUCAGCAACGGAAUGUAAACAAUAAUGUAGUGCUUCCUUUAAAUGUCCGCAAUAAUGCGAAUAGUUACGUACGUGCCGAUGAGUUUUCUGCUUCCAAUAGCAAGCGACAACAGCAAGGACAUGAUGUGUCAUUGCGCACCGACAAUGAUCAGAACCGGCAGAUACACUUGGUGGGUGAGCAACAUGAAUACAGCAACCGAACCCAGCAAGAUGUGGCAAAGUCUAACGCUAUUGCACCACUGCCCCAUCCGGGGAGUUCGGAAAACCUGCCAGAGAUUAAACACUGCGCAGCCGAGCAACGUCGACCAAACCACGACGUGAAACCGGAUCGUCAACCAGAGCCAACCGGCAACAUUCGCAUCAGAAGUGUUCUACCGGACUACAGUGAAUACUAUAACGAGGAGGGUGUCAUUAUUAUAUGAAAUCGAACGAUAAACUGCAGCGUGUACAAUUAACCGAACAAUUUACUCACC